UUCAACAUGUGCGAUUGUUGAAUGUUGAUAGUUAAUAAUAAAUUCAAAAAAAAGCUAUUUUAAUUAAUUAUUAAUCUAUAAUAUAAAUUAUUAAUAAAUUAUUAACAAUGGAUAAUGAAAAAUGUAAUUUGAGACCAAUGAAUUGUGAAGUUAAUCAACUUUCAAUGCCUGAUGGUUCUGCAAUGUUUAUGCAAGGUGAUACAUGUGUUGUUGCUGGUGUUUAUGGACCAAUUGAAGCUAGAAUGCAAAAAAUGAUGCAUGACAAAGCUAGUGUUGAAGUUAUUUACAGUCCACUAAAAGGACCACCAAGUAUUGAUGACAGAUCAAAAGAGUUAUUUAUCAGAGAAACUUGUGAAUCAAGUUUGAUUAUAACACUUCAUCCUGGUACUGCAAUUUCUAUAAAUGUUCAAGAGCUAGAAAAUGCUGGUGGUCUUUUAGCAUGUGCAAUUAAUUCAGCUUGUAUUGCAUUAAUUAAUUCAAGUUUAUCAAUGAAAUUUACAAUUGCUGCUGUUAGCUGUAUGAUUGAUAAAGAUAGUCUUGAAAUUAUUAUGGAUCCUGAUCUAUCACAGCUUAAGAAUGCAAAAGCAACAUUUACUUAUGCUUUUGAUAGUAUUAAAAAGGAUUUAGUAAUGUGUCAUACAACUGGAAGAUUUUCAGAAAAAGAACUGAUGCAAACAAUUGAAGAAUGCAAAGAAGCAAGUAAUUUUAUUUUUGAUUUUUAUCGUGAUACUGUUAAAAAAUAUGCUGUUUGUAUAUCACAAUAAUUAAUUUGA